AGGUAUAUGACAGAUGGUAUGUUACUACGUGAAGCUAUGAAUGAUCCUUUACUGGAACGUUAUGGAGUAAUAAUUCUUGAUGAAGCUCAUGAAAGAACUCUGGCUACAGAUAUUUUGAUGGGAGUUUUAAAAGAGGUUGUAAGGCAAAGAUCUGAUUUAAAGGUUAUAGUAAUGAGUGCUACUCUAGAUGCUGGUAAAUUUCAAAUUUAUUUUGAUAACUGUCCUCUCCUCACUAUACCUGGCCGUACCCAUCCUGUGGAGAUAUUUUAUACACCAGAACCAGAGAGGGAUUAUCUUGAGGCAGCUAUUCGUACAGUAAUCCAAAUUCAUAUGUGUGAAGAGGAAGAAGGAGAUCUUCUACUUUUUCUUACUGGACAAGAGGUAUAGUCUACCAGAUUCUUC